UGUCUGUGGAAAGAUGGCGGAAGGAGGAGCGGCUGAUCUGGAUACCCAGAGAGGAGAGGUCGCGGCGCUGCUGAAAACACAGCUGAGAAAGGGAGACACCUGGUACCUGGUGGACAGUCACUGGUUCAAACAGUGGAAGAAAUAUGUGGGAUAUGACAGCUGGGACAAGUACCAGAUGGGUGACCAGAAUGUCUACCCAGGACCGGUUGAUAACUCUGGUCUUCUCAGAGAUGGGGAUGUGCUGGCAAUCAAGGAACACCUCAUCGAUGAGCUGGACUACAUCCUGGUCCCAACAGAGGGCUGGAAUAAGCUUGUCAGCUGGUAUGGAUUGACAGAGGGUCAGGAGCCAAUUGCGCGCAAGGUGGUAGAACAGGGUAUGUUUGUAAAACACUGCAAGGUGGAAGUGUACCUGACAGAGCUGAAGCUCUGUGAAGACAGCAACAUGGACAAUGUGAUCACCAGACGCUUCAGUAAAGCUGACACAAUCGACAUGAUAGAGAAGGACAUGAGGAAGCUGUUCAGCAUCCCUGAUGAGAAGGAGACCAGGCUGUGGAACAGGUACAUGAGCAACACCUUUGAGCCUCUCAACAAACCUGACAGCAUUCAAGACGCUGGCCUCUACCAAGGACAGGUAAGGACUUUGUAGUUAACCUGAAGUUGUCACAAUGCGCAAACAGUUUGUGUAGCUCUGCUAAGUUUUGUUAUUCUUGAGU